AUGAGCCACCAGCCUCUCUGGCAUCCCGCCAUCUACAGAGGGGUCGAGGACACAGGAGUCGGUGGCGGUGCCAUCGUCAUCAGUCCAAGGUGUGACGAUGUUGGUCUGGAAGACUUGGGACCGAGCUUCAACAGAUGUAGGAGUGUUAGAGGCCAUUGCAACGGAUUAAAUCGAAGGAAAGGUGAUGAACACGAAGAACACCAGGGAGCCGAGCGCUUAGAAAAGGGGCGAAGAGUUCGAGAGUUUUCAGAGAAAUACAGGAGAAGUGACUGA